GGCUGAUUGGUGGACGGGCGGCUGAGAAAAGGAACUUAGUACUGUUGUUUCCUCAGGGAAUUAUUCUCGUUUAGUUUACUUAGAAUAAACCCCAGCCAUGGACAUUUACAUGAUGAUCCGGCGCCAGAAGACCACCAUCUUCACCGACGCCAAGGAGAACACGUCCGUGGCGGAGCUGAAGCGAAUCCUGGAGGGCAUCCUGAAGGUGGCGCCCGAGAACCAGAAGCUGCUCAAGGACGAGACCGAGAUGGAGGACACUAAGACGCUUCAGGACUGCGGCCUGACGUCAUCGACGGCGCAGGCGCACAAGCCGGCCACACUGGUCCUUUGCUUCCGGCAAGAGGAUGGCGAGUUUGAGGCCCCCGAGGUGGUGCCCUACUCGACGCCGCCUGAGCUUCCGGACGUGAUGCGGCCCCAGCAAGAGACGGCCCCCGCCGAACAGAUCGCCUCGUGAAGCUCCCGUAUG